UUCCCCUCAAUCCCUGGGUAGGAAGGUCGCACAGUUACUCCUGAUUCGCUUCUGCAGCUUUCCAAGCUCUGCCCUCCCUCUCAAAUAAAACUACCAGCGAGUGGAUAGAAGCUGCAGUGUGCAGCCAGCAAGUGGCAAAGACCGCACGUCCAUUGAGAAUCCCAGGGCUCAACUUUUGUUUUGAGAAACCGGCCGAGAUUUAACAGCCAGGAGGAGGUGCGGGUUUGCAGAAAACGCACAAGUGACCGAUCCAACGUUUGAAAAGGGGAUGGAUCUCCACACGGGGAUGCAGAAGGUACGUCUGAAUUCACCUCUCAGCAGCGAUGUCCAUUCUUUAUCAAACCGGAAAGGGAGCUCCCUGUUUGGGAUGCCGAGGAAUGUGCAAAGCAUUUGAGCCACAUCCUUGGAGGAAGAUAUGCAAGUCAUGCAAAUGCAACCAAGAGGAUCACAGCCUGCACUCUGAUGCUGAGGAUGAUCGGAAAAUCGGCCGUCUUUUGGCUGACUCCAACUAUUCCAAUCUGACUGCGCGGGUGAAGGGAGGAGAUGGAGUCCGCAUUUAUAAGAGGAACAGAAUGAUUAUUACCAAUCCCAAUGUAACAAAGAAAGAUCCAACUUUUGACACAGUCACAUAUGAGUGGGCCCCACCAGGUCUGACCCAGAAACUGGCAAUUCAUUAUAUGGAACUUAUUCCAAAGGAAAUGCAGCCAAUUGCUGGCACAGAAGGGGCCUACUAUCGCCGUAAGCAACUGAUGAGGCAGCUGCCAGUCUAUGACCAGGACCCUUUCCAAUGCCACGCUUUGUCGGAGAGUGAGGUGAAGAGCAUGGAGGAGUUUGUCAGGAAGUACAAGAAUGAGUCACUAGGAGUUGGAGAAGUGGCACUGCCAGGCCAGGUGGGGAGUGCCAAAGAAAAAGCUAACCCAAAGCAGAAAAAUGAAGCCGCGGGACAAUUUAGCAAUGGCAAGACAGCAAAAGGGGACCCUCGGGAUGGUCCUGCAUCAACCAAUGGAACGCCACCAGAGGCCCAAGAGAGAAAUGAAUAUCAUUGUGAGCUUUGCAAGCAGCCAGUCAGCAGUGAGAGCCCCGUGGUGUAUGGGGAACGAGCAGGGUAUGACAGGCUUUGGCACCCAGCAUGCUUCUUGUGUACCUGGUGCAGAGAACCCCUGGUGGAUCUUAUCUACUUCUGGAAGUGUGGCAAGCUCCUGUGUGGUCGCCAUUUCUGUGAGAGUGAGAAGUACCGCUGUGCUGCCUGUGAUGAGCUGAUUUUCUCAGAAGACUACAUAGAAAGCGGGGGACUGACAUGGCACAAGAAACAUUUCUGCUGCAUGGAAUGUGAGCAGCCACUGUUGGGAAAAUCCUUUGAGCUGGAGCAGGCCAAGCUCUCCUGCAUAUCCUGUUACAAAAGCACCAAGAAAAUGUGAUGGUCUUUCCCUGGAACAUGGUUUUCAUGCACAAUACGCAUUAAAGCUAAGGAAGUUUAGUCAGCUAAUGCAUAGGAAGCAGAUCUAACUAUGAUAUUGCAACCAGUUUCUAUGAGGGAAGCAGUUCCACAGAGUGGGCAUUCUUUGAUUUAUUUAUUGUCAAAGUAUUUUGUUACAGAAUACCUUGAAACAUGUUAUAUAGUGUUGCCAUGCUCUGGCGCCAUCUUAAAAUGCAGAAAGAUAAAUCAAAACAUAGAACUUAAAGACGGAAGAGUAAAGUAUUCUUUAAAAUCGCUACAAUAUUCAUUUGUGAGACAGCGAUGAGGUUUGUGUUAUUAGCUCAUUUUUUGCAAUGCCCCUCUGAGUGAAACACUUUGCCAUCCAUAGAAAUGACCCAUUUUUAAUAUAAAAUGCUCAAUCUCAGCAUUCACCUUGUCCAUAAAACACUGCUACCACCCCACCCUGACUGCUGAAAAAGAAAUACUUCUAUAUAAAUAGUUGUUAGAUGUAGGUUUACAUUUGUAGAAGUGACGAUAUCCAGUUGUAGAUCACUGCCGGAUAGAUAACAGAAAAUAUUGGAAGCGUAUGUGUGGAUUAAGCAUGCACUGGGUGUCGAUAAACAGAAAUCCUGUUCGACUAAUUGAUCUCUGGGAAAGUAUUGAUUACCGUUCCCUUCCACUUAAGAAUGGAAAUGAAAGAUUUGGAUGUUAAGUGUUUAGCACCGGCUUAUGGCUGUCUUUUAUUAUUCAGAUAUGAGGACCUAAAAAAGAACCCUUCAGAGCCUGUCAAUUUAAGACUGCAAGAUUUUAUAUUGGGUGAGGAUAACAAACAUUUGUACAGUCCAUUUAUGCAAUAUGGUGGAGAGAUUCUGCUAGAUUUCUUUCAAUGUUUAUAUAUUUAGAAUAAAAAGCAACCUAAGGGCAUGGCAUGAAAUGGCUCAUGGAAAAUUUGAUCUGGAAUCUACUGAAUGGACAUUCCUGUGGCGGGAUUUUGAGCUAAAAUUAAACUGCUGUUGGCAUUGAAUGUAUACAGCUGUGUAUUAUUGUAAAGGUGAAAUCCUUUUGGAUGGUCACUAACAAAAUAUCAGCACUUGGAAUUGAACCCAUUGUAUUUUGCAGUUUAAAUUAAACAAGCACCCUUGUGCAAAAAGACAACCUGAGAAUUUCCCAGGAGAUCCCCAACUGCCUCAGUUGGUGGUGACAGUGAAUAGACCAAGCUUAUAACAAUGCUGAGCUCGUGCAAGAGGAGGGGUGUUGCUGUGCCCCUGACUGAAGAGGAGAUCAACCAGGAUUCACAUUCUCACGUCACUAUCCCCAGUAACCUCUGUCUGUGGAUGAAAGUAAAAGUAACAUUCUGCUACAAUGCCCGUCAUAGUCAGAUAGCCCCUUGGCAUUCUCAGUGUACCAGCAAAGUAAUCUCAUGAGCCAAACACUGGGAUGGAGCCCUGUACCCACAGGCUGUGCCCCAGAAAGGAAUGAUUACAGAGCCACUGAAAAACCUUAACAACCAACAUAUCUGUCAGUUUAAAGUUACUGCCUCUGAGGUGAUCUAGACUAAGUUUUUAGCUUUGAUUUGAACAAAUUGCACAAAGUCACUAGAGGACGUAAUGAUUGAAUUUUGAAUGUGCUGUUGGGUAAUUACAUUGUUGUUGGAAUUUCUUUUAUGACAGACAGACCAAUCUUGGUGUCCUCAUGCUGAGAAUGUUCCUGUUUUAAGAUUUUACUGCAUAGCUGCUAAUACAGCAUACUCCCAAUGACAUUUCUCUUGCAGUAGAUAAGCUGACACUUUUCUUAGAUGUAUUGCAGGGGAUUUGGGAGAAAGAAAUGCCUGAAGUCAACAGCUGUAUGGUUUAUCAAUGCAAUGUUAUUUCAAAACCAGUUACUCUCAGACAGAGACAGAAACAAGUUGCAUUUACUGUCUUUUUAUGUUGUUAUUUUUGUAAAAGUAUCUCAUUGCUUUACAUUGGAAUAACUUUAAGUUUUCAUGAUUAAAAAUGCCUUGAUUCUUAGUUGUAGUCAAAACUGCAAAAGUUAUGGAUUCAGAUUUCCAACAGUGAGCAUCAUUGAAGUGGAGCCUGGUGGGCAAUUGACAUGAAAAUUUCCAAGUCCAUUAAUUCCUGUAUGACUUAUUAACUUGUGUAUCAAAAGUUCUUCCCCCUAGACCCUCUUUGAUAGCUUAAGCUAUAUGCCAACCAUGUGCAUCUGUACGCUAGUUCAGUGCCUGUGUUAAUAUUGAUGCUGGGGUUACCUCAUUUUAAAAAAUUUUCUUGUAAUAUUUUGUUGAGAAUAAAAUGUUCAAUACAGUACAGAUGUAACAUGUUUGCAAUCUCUGUGUGCAUAUCUGGAGAUCUAGUGUAACAGACCAGACCAGACUCCCUCGAAAUAUAUUAAGGAGAUAGUCUAGAUCCUAACAUUUUCUUAUUUUAAAGGUAAGCAUAUGGUGAUGUGUUCUGAAUGCAAUUCAAUCGGUCAAACUGCCAGGCUUGAAACAAGACAUACUUUAUUCAUGAAGUAUAAUUAGAUUACACACAAAAUAAGCAGUAAGAAAAUUGGCUUAACUAUAACUUUGUUGAAAUGCUUAACAAAAUAAUAUAUAUUGAUUACUACUAAUUAACUGUUCAAGUAUAGUAAUGUCCCAUAAACAAACACUUGACAAAAGGAAAUCCAGUAAAAUAGAUUGUCUCACAUGCAAUUCUAGCAGCAGGAAGAGAAUCCCAGCUUUUAGCUGUAACAGAGAGGAAUAAGAGCUUCCACAUCCAGCUUCAAGUCCCCAGCAACUGCUACUGAAAGCUAAAACUAAAAAAAAAUACACUGGUUCUGGUGGGAGUUUGACCCCACCCAGUCAGGUUGCUUCUAUUAUUCGAACUUUAAAAAAGAAUAAUCAAGGCCUCGCAAGUUGUUUAUUGGAUUUGGAACAGACUGCUUUGUGCCUCUCAACCUUUCUUCAUAAAAAAACAGGCUAAAAUUCACCUCUAAAAGAAAUAGUAUUAUGACACCUAGGAUGGACAUUAGUUUAUCAAAAGCACAAAAUCUUCACAGUAAAUGAAUUAAUGCCUCUCUUUUGAUUAAUGGACAGAGUAUUAAUACAUUGCAUGUUCACAGUAAUGUCUCCCAAUGUUACUGAGUGCAACAAGUAGAUGGAAUCACAUGCGUGGAAGGAGGGAAAAGAAUUUUUUUUUAAGACAAUAACUCAAAGAAACCCAUGAGAUCAAGUAGAAUACUAGUUUAAUGCCCUCCCAGCAUUAUACACUUCUGCCUCCAGUGGUGAGUAAAAUCAGAUGGGUCUAAAAUCAGUGUUGCACAUCAUCUGUUAGUUUCCCCACUCAUGGGUUGUUCCCCAUGAACUGACUUCAAUAUUUUGAGUCUAACCACAUGGCCUUCUUGUAGUCUUCGACAAAGGGCUGCUAGUGUACACUGCAGGAGGUGAGCCCAGUCUGUCCAGAGCAUGUUUAUCACUGAGGAUUAAAGAAGGAAAGGAAGAUUUAUCCGAUAUUUUUGCGCUUUUUUUCUUCUACAUGCAACAAUGAUAUACUUUUUAAGUGAAUGAUUACGUGUCUGUGUUGGUGCAGCUGUGAAUGGUACAUUUAAAUGCAGACUUUUGUAGAUAUUUAACCCUUUUGAAAACUUAAUAAAAACUCAGAGCACAACAA